AUGUUUCAGACGUGCACAGGUGUGUCAAUUCUCGCGUUACACGCACAAAUCGGCCUGUACGAGGAGGAGCGGGUAAAGCUGUACCAGCAAUUGGACGAGAAGAACGACGAGAUCCAGAAGGUGUCGCAGGAGCUCGAGAAGCUCCGACAACAGGUGCUUCUGCAAGAGGAGGCACUGCAGACGAUGCGCGAGAACGAGGAGAUCAUCCGCGAAGAGAACUCGCGCAUUCAGAGAGAGGCCGACGACAAGCAGCAGGAGGGCAAGGAGAUGAUGACGAAGAACAGGGCGAAGAACAGUCACGAAACUUCCCACUCUUGA